AACAUUUACGUAAUAGCCUGAAAGAGGGCGCUGUUCUUCAAGAUGGCGUUCCUCAGCGAGGUUUCUCUGCAAAAGGAACGAUUCUCCCUCUUACUACUGGAACCUGGAGAAAUUUACUUUGAGGAUUUCAGCGUCUUCUUCUAUCCAUCUGAUCUUCCAGAGGAAGAGGCUAUCAGGAGAAGAACACGAGGACGGUUGAAGGUUUGCUCCAAAUCCAUUGUGUUUGAUCCUCAAGACGUCUCGCAACCUGUCGUCAAGUUUCCAUUACGAGAGUGCAUCCAGAUAGACAAAUGGACAGGCCCACUUCUAUCCAGACUUGGCAACCGUGGGGACGUCAUUGUCAUCCAAUGUAAGCAGAAGAUUGAAAUGAAGGCGAACAACAUCAUCGGUUCUUAUGAAUUUAAAAAGGAAACCACCAAACACCUGUUUUCGUUGAAUUACGUCACCCCUGAUGACGUGCUACAAAUGAUGUGUCAGCUACACAGAGCAUCUACCUUACCACUGGCUGAUGAAGCAGGCAUGAUUGCAGCCAUCGUUUACUCCUGCUACAACCGGACCAAGUUCAACACCAGCUGGCUGGAGACGCUGUACGAGCAGAUCGUCAUGGAGACAGUGGGGGACCACAUCACGCCACUGGUGGUCAACCCGGGUCGCAUCAUGCUGACCUCGUCCCGACUGUACUUCCAACCCUUCAACAACGUGGAAUCGGUCCCUGUUAUCAAAAUCAAGUUGUCGGACAUCAAGAGACUAACCAAGAGAAGAUUCCUCCUCAGAGAAGUGGGCCUUGAAAUCUUUUGCACAGAGGGAUCUUUCAAGUCGGACAUGUUCCUGGCAUUCUCAAAGCCGGAAGACAGGAAUAAGCUUUACAAGAACAUACUUGCCCAGGAAGGUGUUUCUUUGAAGGAGUCAGCUCAGGAAAACAUGACACUGCUGUGGCAGAACGGCGUCAUCUCAAACUUUGACUACCUGCUGUACCUGAACAGCCAAGCAGACAGGAGCUUCAAUGACCUGACCCAGUAUCCAGUCUUCCCAUGGGUCAUUGCAGACUAUAUCAGUGAGGAGUUGGACCUGACGAACCCGGAGACGUUCCGAGACCUGAGCAAGCCCAUCGGGGCACUCAACCCACAGAGAUUAGAACGCUUCAAAGAACGGAAGGUUGACAUGCCAGAGCCCAAGUUUCUCUACGGUUCCCACUACUCUACCCCUGGCUACGUGUUGUACUACUUACUGCGAGUAGCUCCGGAAUAUGCGCUGUGUCUGCAGAACGGCCGGUUUGACCAACCGGACAGACUUUUUAAAAGUGUUGCAGAGACAUGGAGCAACGUCUUAUCCCUGCCUUCUGAUGUCAAGGAGCUCAUCCCCGAGUUCUACCAGCCGGAAAUGGCCGAUUUCCUCAUCAAUCGCAGCGGGUUGAACCUAGGGGUGCAGCAGGAUGGGUCAAAGGUUAACCGAGUGGAGUUGCCGCCUUGGGCAGAUGACGAGGUGGACUUUUGUCGGAAGUGUCGCAAGGCUCUGGAGAGUGAUCAUGUUUCAAACCAUCUUCAUCAUUGGAUCGAUCUCAUCUUUGGGUACAAGCAGCGGGGACCUGAGGCUGACGAAGCUGAUAAUGUGUUUUACUACCUGACCUAUGAGGGCGCUGUUGAUCUAGACAGCAUCAAGGACCCCAACGAGCAAGCGUCGGUCAAGGUGCAGAUCAUGGAGUUUGGACAGACGCCAAAACAACUCUUCACCAAGCCACACCCAAGCAGAUUUUCCCCUGCCGUGCCAGUGUCAAGACAUUCCAACAACAGCAGUCCAGUUCCAGUCCCACAACCCGUCGAAGAGGAAAGUGCAAACGAAAGGUUAAGAUCUGACUCUGAUGCCUUCACAGACACUCACACAGACACACAAGAUCUCGAGGAGGACACAGCAAGUGCCAUACAAAGGAAAGGUUCACUGUUGUCGCAUCAGUGGGAUCGUAUGGAUCAGUUGCAACCAGCCUGUCAACACAAACUACACAAAGAUACCGUCAAAGAUGUCCAGGUCUCAGACGAUGGGAAAACGGUAUUCUCCGUGUCUCAAGACACUAGUUUGAAGUUGUACUCACUUGAGGACCAGCGACAGCGACGUAGCAUCAGUAUAUCCAGCAUGCCGCUGUCAUCGCUGAGUGCAAUGCCUGAUGGGAAGACAGUACUCGUAGGAUCAUGGGACGACUCAUUAUACUUGUACUCCAUCGAGUAUGGCCGCAUCGUUGACAAGCUGAUGGCUCACGACGAUGCGGUGUCGGCGCUGCAUCUACAAGGCGAGGUCUUGGUCACUGCAUCCUGGGACUCCACGGUCAAGGUCUGGACAGUGGAGGACCUGUGCGGCCAGAGCAACGGGACGGUCAGGUUGAACAGCGUACAGAUGACCGCUGAGUUCGAUCAUGAAACGGGGGUGAGCUGUCUGGACGUGAACGGUGAUAAUUCGUUAGUCUUAUCUGGGACAAAAGACGGUGCAGUGUACAUAUGGGAUGUCGGCUCUCAGUCCGUGCUUAGAUCUAGCAUGAGCCACACUGGUAUGGUGCAUGAUGUCAAGUUUAGCCCAGAUGGGAAGAUGAUUUUGUCCGCUGGGGAGGAUCGCUUCAUGAGAGUGGUCGAUGUUGGGACUGGAACGGAAGUAUUUGCCAAGGAGACUGAACACGAAAUAAGAUGUGUUUGUUGGAGAGAGAAUACGGUGUUAGCAGGGAGCUCCAGUGGGGAACUGUUGGUCUGGGAUAUGGUCAAGGCUCAGCUCACAGCUACCAUUCCUGGGCAUGACGAUGCCAUCAGUUGUAUACAAGCAACGAGCGAUGGACACACAGUGGUUACCGGGGGAACCGACAAAAAGGUCAUCGUGUGGAAGGUCAGGUGACCCGACCGAUGAGGUCAGAGGGCAAUAAGGUCAACCGAUAGCAAAUCACAAAGGUCAAAGUUCAUGAGAACUCAGACUAAAUAAAAUUUACUUGAAGAAAAAAAGCAAUGCAAUAAAGUUGUCUUGCCAAUUAAAAGUUUUGCAAAUCGAGAAUUUUUUUGCGAAGGAAAAGAUUUCCUUGUGAUGCACAAGUAAAGUGAAAAUUGUAGUUUGUAUUUAAUUUGUGUCCGUCUUAACACAAAAAAAAGGAAUGCUGAAUAACAUGAAUGGGCAUUGUUACAGAUAUUUGAAGGCUUUGGAGUCAUUUUUAUUGGAAUUUUUUUUCUUAUUAGAUUUCACGUUUUUCUUUUUAAUUUUCCCAUUUUUGGGUUAAAAUUGUUUUAAUUUGGUACUUAACUCUUUGAACUCUUUUUAGUUGGUUUUUAUUAAAAUAUAUUUUUUGGAAAACAGUUUUUGUUACUGUUUGGGAUCACAGCUCAAUUUUGCACAUAUAAAAAAAUAUAUAAUUUAAUGAGUAUAUUACUGUACUGGAUGAUAAAUAUUUAAGUAGAAUAGAAUUUGUACAAAAAAAAUACAAAAAACAGUUUACUUUCAAUUUUUUUGAAUUAUCAAGUUUUUUUUUAAUUUAUUGGCACAAUACUCUGUACAGAUUGUUGAUUUUUGGAAAAUUGAAAUUAACUGCUAUGAAUUAAAUGGAUGUUUUGUAUCAAAUUGAAUGCAAUGUAACUAUAAAGGUGAUCGUGUUAAUUGAAAAUUUCUAUUGGCAGGGAGGGGCCAAGUAUCUUCAGAAACCGAGUUUGGAGCUACUUUGAAAGUCUCUAAUCCUAAUUUGUGUUUUUGGUGCUUUUCAUUUUUGUGUCUAGUUUGGUGUCAGACUUGAGACAAACUUUGCGACAACUGAAAUAUUAAAACAACAGCUCAUUGAAAUGUGGGCCAUUUUGGAUGUUAA